AUGGUCGCUAUUAAGCAACUAAGCGUCGCUGCUGCUGCGAUGCUCGUAUUGACUGGCCAGGGGCUCGCCCAGGGAUUCGACGGAGCGACUGACGAUCUUGAACUGGCAGAGAGAGCCGAGUUGGAUCUAGGAGCCCGUGGACUUCCUCCCUCGCGACCCAUGCACGGGUCUGGGAGAAGAGCCGGCUCCAAUGUUAUGACACGGCCGCGAGAAACUGAACCCCGCGGCCGCGGCCACAGGUCUCUCGGCUAUAAAAGACGACAACGAGGCCUGAAACUCCGCUCUGAACCCUCGACCCCCAAGGGGAAGGGUAAGCCUCCACCAUCACCCAAGGCUAGCCCUAAGAAAAAAGACACCCAGGAUCAUUUGACUGCACUUAACGCGCUUUCUAUGGGUCGCAAACUUGGCUUUAGACGACGUUCCGAACCUUCGACUCCUAAGGGGAAGGGCAAGCCUCCUCCAUCACCCAAGGCCAGCCCCAAGAAGAAGGACAGCCAGGAUGCUUUGAGUGCACUUAACGCGCUCUCAAUUGGUCGCAGAAUCGGCUAA